UUCACAGCUGACGCCACAACAUGAGGAAACUACGACGAUGCAACAGAUAUGCUUUUAUGCAUUAUUUUAAGUUUAUGGAGCGCUCUUUACCAGAAUUUGGUCUAUAGUUGUACAGCUGAUCGGGAAACAUGGGUGUAACGGGACUGUGGCCGUUACUGUCCGGACUAGGUACUCUGCAGCCUCUGUCUGAGUGUGCAGGGUUGACCCUUGCAGUUGACCUGAGUGCAUGGAUGUGUCAGGCCACGUCAGCUGGCCCUGCAGUCAAACAUUCUCCACGCUUCUUCAUGAUCAGAACCAUCUUCUACCGGACAAUUGAACUGUUGAAGUAUGGAGUGAAGCUUGUGUUUGUGUUGGACGGUGAAGUUCCCAGAGUGAAGCAGGGGUGUCUCAACAAACGUCAGGGUGUGCGUGGAUCAUCAGGAGGAGGCAGCAACGCCAGGACUUCCAGGGACAGGUCUCUCUACAAGGAAGCAACUAAAGUGGUAGUGGAUCUUCUUGAGAGCCUCGGUCUGCCUGUCGUCCAUAGCCCAGGGGAAGCAGAGAAGAUGUGUGCCUAUCUCAACUUUACACAGGCUGCUGAUGCUGUACUCACCGAAGAUGGUGAUGCUUUCUUGUAUGGAGCACAGGUGAUCAUGAGAAAAUUUGAUAAAUCUGACACGUCAGCUGUGAGAAUCAGCAUGACUGAUAUUGAAGAUCAGCGCUGUCUCACAAGAAGAAGCCUGAUUGCCUUCGCCCUCUUGUCGGGGUGUGACUACAACAAGGGGGGAGUGAAGGGGGUGGGUCCAGAACAGAUCAGGACAUUGUUCGAUGAGAUGAGGCAGAACUGUACGGAAGAAGCUGACAUUCUCAACAGAAUAUGUGGAUGGAAAGACAGUCAGAGGCUUCAAGAUCUUGCUGAGCUGAAAAACACUCUUGACUGUAUGAAUAGAGAAACACACUGCUCCCAAUGUCAUCAUACAGGAAGAGUGACACGUCACCAGAGUAAAGGAUGUAAGGUGUGCAGGACAGAGUGUGAGUGCCAGACUGAUAGUGGAGUGCCAUGUGACUGUGCAUGGCACCAACAACAAAGGGAGAUAACUCCCUAUGUUCAAGAAUUGAAAGUACGAGAGAAGGCCUUGGAGGACAAGACAUUUACAGACCUCGGCGAGAAAGUUGUGAUGGAGUUCACUGAUGUCAGCAAAGAGAGGAGAUUGAUGAUGAUGAUAUGCUGCGACCAGAAGCGUCCAUGUUUGGAAAGGCUAUGUCAGUCACUGAAUAAAUUUCUUCACAUGGACAGAGCUAAGGUGAUGACAACCAUGACCCCCGUGUUGGCUUAUAUGCAGCUGAGAGAGGAAUUUGAUUGGUCAGGAUUUAAGCCAAUCAGCAUACAGAAGGCAUGUCAGAGAAAAUUUGUGGAUUGCUAUCAGACUGUUUGGUCCAAGUUAGAUGAAGACCACUGGACCACAGGACAGUUCUACACUGUAGAUGUGGAAGAAAACUUGUUCCAGACAAGAUGCCCAGAACUCGUCUCACGUUUUCAGGAAGAAAUUGCGAGCAAGAAGAAGGUUCCUGUAACUCCUGUCCGUCAGCCCAAAGUCAGAGAUUUGCUGCUGACGCCAGGACCUCUGCGGAAGAAAUCGAAAGAUAAAACACAAAAUGAAGACACUCCUGUGAAACGCAGUCUAAGUCAGCAGGAGGAAAAUGUGAACAAGUGCAAGAAGAAAAUUGACUUUGAUGCUAAAGGAUUGACUUCAGAAACAAAAACUGGAUUCAUCAUCUCAACAACUUGGGUGUGUGUCUAAUGUGUCAUCCGUAGAUGACAGUCAACAGAGGCAGGUGUUUAGUCAGAUAGCUGUCGAUGAUGACCCACAACAGAAGCAGGUGUCCAGUCAAAGCACUGAAGUGGUCAGCAGUUCUUGCCAAUCAUCUAAA